AAUAAUGGAGUUUCAGAAGACACCACAGACAGACGUUAGAUCAUCAAUGUUUAGUGACGCAAGUACUUGACGAUUGAGGUAUUUCUUGCUAUAAUAUCGCUUUAUGUAACGUUACAUUGCACGAAUUCCUCGAAAUGCCUUCGGAACGAGAAGUUCCUCGGAAGUCUCUCGAGUAAAUUACUUUUCCGUCAUUUAUAAAAUAAUAGAAUCGUUAUGCUAAUAGGCGUGCCAAACUGGAAAGUGAUUCGCAAAAAGGUUCAUUUAAAUAAUUUAGUUUUUUUUAUGCCAACUUCGAAGUUGGCGAAGAAAGCGAGGACUGGACGGGGCGCGUUGCGUAACGCGCCGUUCGCCAGAGAACAGACGGAUCGGCACGAUCGGAUCGGCGUCGUGCGGUUUGUAUGCACGCGAAAUUGGACGGCGGCGAAGAAGCACGUCCGGUCUGGAGCCAAAGCGGCACGGAGGAUCUCGGGUGGACGAUAAACGAUGAAUCAUCAGCAUUACGCAUCACGCAUACGCGCGUUACGUCGCGCGGCCUGUCCGUGCGUGCAAAAAUACUCCCGAGUCAUUACGCGGUUUUAAGCGCGCGCAUUUCAAUCAGAGUGCAACGGCCGCUCGACUGGAAAUCGCGGAACUGUCAGCGGCGCAAUAGAAUGAUUGCCAAUCAAUUCGACACAACGGUUGAGAUUAAUAGAAACAACGACGCCUUUUCUCCAGGCGACGCACUAACUCGCCGCGCAAUUCGCAAUCAGGACGAUGAUUACUCGGCAUUGCGUAGAAAUGUUCAACCGCAGCCUCGAAAUUUCAACAACAAAAGGAUCGUUAUUGAUUUUCAUAAUGGUAUCAUUACGAUCAAUAAUCAGCUCUCCGUGUCGAACACCAAGCAAAUGGAGAGGAUAGCCGGCGGAAGUUACGCGAAUGAGGGCCAAUUUCCGUUUAUGGCUGUGGUGCAUCGAUUGAUCGACGGUAGGAGAGUCGCUCAGUGCGGCGGUACCGUCAUUUCGGAAAGAUGGGUGCUAACCGCGGGUCACUGCAUCGCCAAGUACCCGCGAAGGUUCUUCGUGAUAUUCGGAAUCGUCGACAAGACCGGGAUCGGCUACGACGUAAACCGGGGACCCGGACUCGCGAUGAUGACAACGCGGGCUCACGUGCAUCCCAACUAUUUCUUCAGCAAGAACGACAUCGGAUUGUUGGAGAUGCCGCAAGAUAUUCCCUUCUCCGAAAAAAUUCAACCGAUAAACCUGGCUGGUCCAAAGGAGAGUAGAGUCAUGGCCGACACGUUGGCCUAUGUGGUUGGAUGGGGUCGCGAUGGCUUCGGUCCCAGAGGCACCAAAAGACUCAAGUACGCUCUAAUGCCGUUAAUUUCGAAACGCGAGUGCGUCUCGUACUGGAGAGUGGACCAGAGAAACAUAUGCACGGAACCGGGACUCGGGAAGAACGCGUGUCAGGGCGACAGUGGGGGUCCUCUUUUUAUAAUGAGGGACGAUCGAGCGCUGCAAAUCGGUAUCGUUAGCUACGGAGACGCAAACUGUCCGAGCGGUAGACCCGGAGUGUACACCAGAGUGGCGGCGUUUGCGGACUGGAUCGGACGUGUCACCGGAAUGGAAUUCGAAUAAAUGCAACGUUGCGUGGAUACCGUGUCAUUCUAUAACUGCGGAACCUGUCGAUAACCACGAGUACACGUGUCAUCCUGUCACUUUCUCAAAAUUGCAGUUAUCCCUCCCCUUCUCUCAUCUCGGCUGCUUUUCUUUAUUACUCACGUCCCCUUCUGUAAAUGGCACGUUACUGCCCGAGUACAUAACUUCCUUCCAAAUUGCAUUACUGUAAAAGUGCCACGUGUUCUAUUAACUCGUAAUUAAAACGGAAGAUAAUUGCAGACAAUUUGUUUCAUCCUCGAUUCCGUUAAGCCUAUCACACAAUAGGAAAGCACAGGCAAUAGGAAUAGGGAAUAGAAAUAGGGAAUAGAAAUCUAUGUAAUGCCAAGACACAAUGGUUCGUUGGCAAUAGGCGUGCUGUCCAAUCAUCUGCAUUUUAAAACCACGUGUCUGUCCCAGUCUCGACUGUGAUUGGUCAGGUAGAUCAGGCACAGGGAAUAGAGAACAGAAAUCCAACGCGUCGGAUAUUCUAUUCCUAUUGCCUAUUCCAUAUUCCAUUGUGCGUCGAUGCACGGUUUCUGGUAAGUUGGAAUUUAGUUAUUUCUGUUGCCUGUGUUAUUCCCUAUUCCUAUUCCCUGUGCUUUCCUAUUGUGUGAUAGGCUUUAUUGUCUUCAUUUUGAUCGAGUUAUCGUCCGCCAAGCGCUAACUGAUCGCAGAAUAUAAUUCUCUUUCCGAGCUACGAUAAGGUAGAUAACAUUCGCGAAAUUAUCCAUAUUAUCGACAGUGGCAACAACAUUGACGAUGUCAUAAUAUAAUAAUGUAAA